GGGAAAAGCUUCACUCAGAGAUAUACCCUUAACUCUCAUCAGAGAAUCCACACAGAAGAGCGACCCUACGAAUGCUGCAAGUGCGGGAAAAGCUUCACUCAGAGAUCAGCCCUUAUCUCUCAUCAGACAACGCACACGGGAGAGCGACCCUAUGAAUGCUGUGAGUGCGGGAAAAACUUCACCCGAAGCUCAAACCUUACUAGGCAUCAGAGGGUCCACACAGGAGAGAGACCUUAUGAAUGCCGUGAGUGCAGGAAAAGUUUCAGUCACUUCUCCUCCCUUAUCUCUCACCAGAGAGUCCACACGGGAGAGAGACCCUAUGAAUGUUGCGAGUGUGGAAAAAGCUUCUCUCGGAGCUCAAAUCUUACUAUGCAUCAGAGGAUCCACACAGGAGAGAGACCCUAUGAAUGCAGUGAGUGCGGGAAAAGUUUCACUCACCUCUUCUCUCUUAUCUCUCACCAGAGUGUCCACACGGGAGAGAAACCCUAUGAAUGCAGUGAGUGCGGGAAAAGCUUCUCUCGAAGCUCAACCCUUGUUACACAUUACGGAGUCCACACCGGAGAGAGACCAUAUGAAUGCAGUGAGUGCGGGAAAAGCUUCACUCAUAGCUCAGGCCUUUCUAAACAU